UGUUCUUUCGUAGUCUACGUCUCUCUCUCUUACUUUAAUGGCGACAACGGAACUCUUCAAUUAGGAAAACAAUCUGCAAAAAACAAAAUAAAUAUUUUUAUUUCCAUUUUUAAUUCAACAUUUUUCUGCUCCCUUAAUUGAUUGAAUUUAUUUAUAAUCUCGAAGCGAAGCGCCACAAUUUUCACAUUCUCUCAACUACUUUCCAAGCUUUUUAACAUUUGAUUAUAGUAGUUAUUCGCAUGAAGAUUUGAGACGUGACUUCUGCUGACAAAUUGGAAGCUAUAAAACAAAAAUGUCUUCCACAACCAAGGCUGACAAGAAGGCAACCUUAGAUGCAGCCUCAUGGAUGUUCAAUGUUGUCACAUCUGUUGGAAUUAUCAUUGUCAAUAAAGCUUUGAUGGCCACAUAUGGUUUCAGUUUUGCAACGACAUUAACUGGUCUGCAUUUUGCCACAACUACCAUUUUGACUGUUUUUCUUAGAUGGUUGGGAUAUAUCCAGCCCUCUCAUCUGCCAGUACCUGAGCUUGUGAAAUUUGUUAUUUUUGCAAACUUCUCUAUUGUGGGAAUGAAUGUGAGUUUAAUGUGGAACUCGGUGGGUUUCUAUCAGAUUGCAAAGUUGAGUAUGAUCCCAGUAUCUUGUUUUCUGGAAGUUGUAUUGGACAAGGUGCGAUACUCAAGAGACACAAAGCUUAGCAUAGUGUUAGUUCUUCUUGGUGUUGCAGUGUGUACUGUUACAGACGUGAGUGUUAACGCCAAAGGUUUUAUAGCUGCUUUCAUAGCUGUUUGGAGCACAGCCUUGCAGCAGUAUUAUGUACAUUAUCUUCAAAGGAAGUAUUCUCUUGGAUCUUUCAACCUUUUGGGGCAUACAGCUCCUGCACAAGCGGGGUCUCUGCUGCUGGUUGGGCCCUUUCUGGACUACUGGUUGACAAAUAAAAGAGUUGAUGCCUAUAACUAUACUUUAAUAUCAGUGUUCUUCAUAAUAUUGUCCUGUAGCAUUGCUGUUGGGACCAAUCUCAGCCAAUUCAUCUGCAUAGGCAGGUUCACUGCUGUGUCAUUCCAAGUCCUCGGCCAUAUGAAGACCAUUCUCGUCCUUAUAUUAGGAUUCAUUUUCUUCGGAAAAGAGGGUCUCAAUCUUCAUGUGAUUCUGGGUAUGGUCAUUGCAGUAUUGGGGAUGAUGUGGUAUGGCAAUGCCUCAUCGAAGCCUGGCGGGAAGGAGCGUCGCAGCUUCUCAAUGCCUAGCAACAAAUCUCCAAAAAAUGCAGAGUCCACAGAUUUGGAUGAGAAGGUCUAAAGUCGAUUAAAGAUCGGAAAGUUAUAUAAACAGACAGCCAAAUUGAGCUUCUUACUCAACUAAUUCCAGGAAUUUCUUAUACCUAGAAGGUCAGAAUCCUCAAAUGAUUAUUACCUCUUUUUUCUUUCUUUUUAAUUUAUACUUGUUCAUUUUUGUGUUCUAGAAUUUAUUCAAGGGAAAAGAUGCUGUUGAGUGGGAGCAAGUUCCCUGUAAAAGUUUCAUUAUUCCACAAAUAAUAUUUUUUUUAAUAGUAAUUUAUUUCCUUACUCAAUAAAAUACCUUCUCCAUGUCA